CUGAAGGCUUGUUGCUGAAGUUGCCAUUGCUGAUUGCCAAUUUGCCAUGCUUGUCAUAGGCCUACCAUGUCUAUGUGGUUUCGAAAAACAGGUUUUCAAAAUGUAGUUGUGCAGUAUUUUUCCUGAUUGUUGUGAACUGUAAAACGCCUCGGUAGUCAUUUCUACUAUCAAUUCCAUGACGUGAUUUUAUUUGUUAAAAUGAAUUCUUACAACACAAGCAUGAUAAGUUUCUGGCAAUUGAAAUAUUUAUCGUAGCGCUCGAUUUUUUUGAGCGUUGCCGAAUUCCGUCAUCUGGUCAUGUCCCUUUGGUCGAUGUGCUGAUGUCCGAUUUCCUGGAAGAAUUCAGAAGUUUGUUUGACCAGGUCCUCGACAGUCCUGGUGCCACGAUUUCUUCUUUAGCUUCAAUCAUGUCAGCCAUGAUCAGUUGUUAAAAAGUGGGAAGACGUCACUCUGGUUUUAAUGUGAUUUAGAGAAACAAGGAAAAUUGGGCUGACAUCACUUUUCUGCAUGUUGGCAAUAAUCCCGUCUGUGUCCCUUCCCCCUCCUUCAACAGGUGUGACCCUCACGACUUGCCCGAUAACUGGUUACUUUUAAUACAAAUUUUAUUGAAACAGAGGAUAUGUUUUGUUGUUUAGGUUUAAUGACAAUGAAUGUGCAAAAGGUUUACUCGAGCCUGUCCGAGAGGAAGAAAGAAAUUCACUCUAACAUGAUGUCGUAUGCAGGGGUUCUAUAAGGAUUUGUGCACAAGGGUAUCAAGUGGCGUCCGUACAAUAUAUGAAACUCUUUCCAGAAGAAAGAAUUCCAGGUACUAUGGAUGCCACUGGUUUUCCCUGCAGUGACACAUUAUUACUGAAGGUUGUUUUUUUCACAUCAGGUGCAGGACACAUAAAAGGGAACCUCUUGCACAGUGCAGGAUUUAAUCACAUGUAACCAUGGCGGCAGCAGUCCGAUUGUUUGCCACCCUGCUCUUCAUUUUGAUUGUUCUCUUUGCCGUAACAUUAGUUUCUGGUUUUGCCUUGCCACGCAUUAAUGUGCACUUUGAUGCCAGGCCAGGGACAGUUCUCACUGAGUUUCAUAAUGAGGGACAGAGCUCCGAGUUGGAUCCCCCCAGCUCAUACUUAAGCAUCACAGAUGAUGGUAGGCUGCUCACCACAAGACCCCUGGUAGACUUACUGGGGACCAGCUUGACUGUCCAUGUCACACACCGCAAAGGUGGCCGUUCUUGGAACGAGCGGAUCAUCGUGAGAGUCAUCAACUCGGGCAAGGACUCCAAGCUGCAUUUUGCCGACAGCAGGUAUGAAGGUGUCAUCACUGAAAACAAUCCAGUGGGGCAGAAGGUCCAGGGGCUGUCGGACUUGCGAGUGACCGUGCCUGUGUACGCCCAAGACAUGCCUGUCCAGUAUGAGUUGCUCGGACCGGGGAGUGAGAAAUUUCACCAGGAAGUAUCAGAAGAUGAUUCAAUCGUUAGAGUGUAUGCCAGUGCUGAGCUGCACGUGGCAGAAAAGGAGUUUUAUAAGCUUACGCUAGAAGCAGUCGUGAAUGACGAGGUUGCCGUGACAGAGGUUCACAUCCUGGUCCUUGGUUUGCACCCGCCCGUCUUCAUUUUCCCGUCCUUCGUCUACAGCAUUGCCGAAAACGCACCCAACGGCACAGUAGCUGGCACAGUGUUUGCGGCAGACGAGGACCGUGGUGCAAAUGGCCAUGUAACCUACCACUUCCUGAAGCCCAACAGGUAUUUCAAACUAGGACAGGAAACCGGGAAGCUGACGGUUGCAUCCCCACCCCCGGCGGGUGAGUACAACAUGCAGGUUGUGGCACGUGAUGAUGGAACCCCUUCUCUGGAGUCUGCCCCAGUCCCGCUCCAAAUAAGUGUUGACUCUGCCUCGUCGGGAAAGAUCCCAUAUGGCAAUGACAUGCUCUUCCCUCCUGACUACAAACCCAGUAAGAGGCUACGACGGGACGUCCUCCCUGAACAGCGUGUCCCUGUCCCCGAGAACACGACUGUCAACACGGUUAUCUACAAUAUUGCCAGUGUGAACGAUACAGACAGGUUUGCCUUUGUCAACAAUCCCGGUGCGUCAUUUGGCUUGAAUGAGACGACGGGUGAAGUGAUCCUCCUUGCAGAACUCGACUAUGAGGAGACAACACAGUACAACCUUGACAUUCAGAUCACAAAUGUCGAAAAUGCUGACAAGAGUGACACCCAGCGGAUCAUCAUUGAAGUCCAGAAUGUUGACGAGCCGCCCCAAUGGGAGAUGAUUGUGUACCCUUACAUUGAGGUGGUACCUGUUGAUGCACCUUCAGGUGCCUCUCUCUAUCAGCUGAGAGCAUCUGAUCCCGAGGGCUUUACUGUACGCUACUAUCUCAACUCGGGUGGGAGCGGCAUGUUCACCGUCGAUGAGGACAGCGGCUGGAUUAAGACAAGUCUCUCCCCAGGCCAGACCUACGAACAAGACAGGAAAUAUGUCCUCAGUGUCUACGCUCAAGACGAGAAUGGAAGCAGCAUUCCCGCAGAGGUCAACAUCUUUGGCGGGACCCACCCCCCUCAGUUCACAAAGGAGGUCUACCAGGCUACGGUGGUGGAAGAGGUGAACCCUCCACAAAAUGUCAUCGAUGUUCGGGCCUUCUCCUUUAACAACCUGGCCGUCACGUACUCGCUCCUGAACAACAAUGACGUUGACUCCAGGAUUCCGCGCCACACCAUCAGCGCGUCAUCUGGUCAGAUCACCCUGCUGGACAAAGUGGACCGAGAGACGCUGAGCUCUUACUUCCUGGACGUCAGGGCCACUGAAGAUACCCAAAGCAAUGAUGGCCUGAGCACCACCGUCAGGGUGAAUGUAGACGUAACUGACAUCAACGACUGUAACCCCGUUUUUGGCCAAAAGACGUACUCCUUCAGAAACAUCCCUGAGACCAUUGGCACAGAUACAUUGAUAGGAUCAAUUGAGGCCACAGAUUGCGACGCAGACCCCAACAACAUCCUGACCUAUACGCUCAGCGGGGCCCAGGCUGAAAAGUUCCGUGUUGUCGGAUCGGGGGACCUGUACCCGGCCAGCAAGCUGGACUUUGACGUUGGCGAGGGCUUCUAUGAGCUGCGGGCCACUGUUCGGGACCAGGCAGGGGGUACGGCUGAGGCCAUCGUGUGGGUGUACCUGACGGACUUAAAUGACGAACCCCCGGUCUUCCUGAACACGGAGAACUACGUGUAUUACGUGGACGAGGAUGCAGUGAACGGUUACAUCGUUGGGACUGUCUACGCCAGUGAUGCUGACAAAGAUAGUGUCAUCACAUUUAGCCUUCAGGGAACCUACCCCUUCCGUAUAGAUUCUGCAACUGGUGUGAUAUCACAUGUUGGCACCAACAACUUGCCGGAAGCCAGCUAUAGUUUUAAUGUCACUGCGACUGAUGGCACGUAUACCAGCUAUGCGGAAGUGGAAAUUGUGGUAAACGACAUCAACGACAACCCGCCAGUCUUUCAGGAUUGCGCGAGCUAUGCGCCGUCCAUCUCUGAGGAUGCAGCUGAUGGCACAUCCCUCAUCACGGUGGUGGCUACUGAUGCUGACAAAGGGGCAAACGCUGCCAUCAAGUACAACAUUCCUGGGGCCAACAUUCCCUUCCGCGUGGACGCAGACACGGGCGAGAUCUUUCUCCAGGAUCCUUUGGACCGGGAAAGAAACCCCACCAUUGACAUUGUCGUCACAGCAACAGACCAGCCCGCCAACUCCUUCAGCAAAACCGGCUUCUGUGUCAUUACCGUGACUGUCACCGAUGUCAAUGACAACCGGCCCGUCUUCCGGUUGGAGCGCUACGUCGUGUCUGUUAGCAGCUCAACCCCAACACGUCAAACCAUCUUAACUGUUAAUGCUGAGGAUGCAGAUGCCCAAUCGUCCAUUACUUACAGGCUCACCGACCAAAGUCCUAACCUCUUUGGCAUUCGGCAGACUGGAGAAAUCUUUCCCCUCAUGGGCCUCUCUGCUUAUGAAGGCAGAACCUUUAACUUCAAGGUUGUAGCUGAUGAUUCUGUCAAGGAAGGCACAAGCAAUAUUGAAGUCAAUGUUCUGACCGCAUUGGCGGUUGACCGGCCACCUGUCUGGGUCACCGUAUUUGACGAUAUCAGGUUGCCGGAAAACACGACUGUCCCUCAGGUCAUCCGAAUACUGGAGGCAACUCCCCAGAGUAGCAAUGAGGUGGGCUUCAGCAUUGUGAUUGGUCAGAUCCCGGAAACAAACUCAGAGGCCCAGUUUGGUGUUCGGAACCUUGGCGGCGUGAACAGGGCCGAAUUGAACCUUGACAUCCCUCUGGAUUUCGAAGUGACAAGCGAGUACUCACUACAGGUGGAUGCUACCGAUGACGGCACCAGGUUGUCCAGUUUUGGAACUCAAAAAGUGAUUGUUGAGGACGUGAACGACGAAACCCCGCAAUUCACCCUCAGCAGGUUUUUCGCUGCUGUACCCGAGGAAGCCACUCCGCCAUUCGAUGUUAUUACCGUUGCAGCUGUUGAUGCGGACACGGUGAAAGAAUUCAGAACGAUAACGUACUCUUUUGAUGCAUCCUUUCCGGACGCCCAGUUUUUCACCAUCAAUGGCAUCACGGGCCAGAUUUUCAGCCAGAUCAAGUUUGACCGCGAGGUCAAAGACGAAUAUGCGCUUCAGGUCAUUGCGACGGAUGGUGCUCCCUCCAGCAACCCUGCCCUUGGCGGUGAACCAAACAAAGAUUAUGUCCGUGUGACCAUCAAUGUGGUGGACAUCAAUGACAAUCCCCCUGUCUUCAGCUCCCCCAUCUACAAUGUGGUAGUGAGGGAGGAUCGACCUGUCGGUUAUGAAAUCAUCCAAGUCACUGCAACUGAUGUGGAUUCAGAUAGUGUUCCACGUUACCUGAUUACGGCAAACAAUACCGGUGGAGUUUUUGACGUGGACCCUGCCACCGGCCAGAUCUCGAUUGCCUCACCCCUGGAUUAUGAGACGCAGACAGAGUACUGGCUGCAGUACUCGGCCACCGAUGGCCUGAACGUGGAGUACACCACCAUUCGCAUCCAGGUGACCAACGUGAACGACGAGAGGCCAGUCUUCAGCCAGCCUGUUUACCGGGACAGCGUGGCGGAAAAUGAUGCAAACGUACCACGGCAGUUACUGCAGGUGUCGGCUCAGGACGGUGAUGCCGAUGCUGAUCAAGGUGCCAUCAGGUACUCCCUGGAAGGCUCCGGAACUGACGGCGUCUUCAGCAUCAACUCCCAGGACGGCUGGAUCUCGCUGAACCAAGAACUUGACAGGGAGGCCGUAGGCCUGUGGAAGUUUCUGGUGAAGGCCACUGACGGGGUGGGCACCCCUACAUCCCUGACUGGCUACGCCGACGUGGAAGUGACGGUCUUAGACCAGAACGACAACGACCCGUUCUUCCCGGAGCUGGAGUACAGAGGGUCCGUCCCGGAGAACUCGGUCGCUGGGACACAGGUCAUGCAGGUCACUGCCAUUGACUAUGACGAUCCCACCGGCUUUGGCCGCCUCACCUACUCCACGGUUACCGCUGCAGGGAUAGAUAAUGAUGGCUCAGCCCUCUUUGAGAUCGACUCCUCUUCGGGCUGGGUGACGGUCAAGUCGGGGGCCUCGCUGGACCGAGAGACCCAGGACAUGUACACCCUCAGGAUCCGGGCAGAGGACUCUUCAGGCGCCUUUGCUCAAACGGAUGCAAUAAUUGAAAUCCUGGACCUAAACGACAAUAAACCAGAGUUUAUCGGAGGCCCCUACACCACGGCAGUCUUGGAGACAGAGCCAGUGGGAGCCACAGUGUACGAAGUCUCAGUCUCAGACCCCGACAUUGGUUUCACCGAUGAAGUCCAGUUUGGCAUUGUCAGCGGCAACGUCGGAAACCGAUUUGAAAUUGUGGCAGAUCCACUGACACUUGUUGGACUCAUUAGGAUUGCCAAUCCCCUGGACUGUGAGGCAUUAGAUAAACAGUAUGCAUUACAGCUCACUGUUACGGACAACGCCAAUGGACAGAGCCAGACGUCCAUCACGAUCAACGUCCAAGACGUAAACGACGUGGCGCCGCGGUUCUUGCCAUCCAAUGAAUACAUCGCCCCCAGUGUUCUUGAGAAUGUGGCAGUUGGGACCCUCAUACAGACAGUCACGGCCACAGAUCCAGAGGAAGGAGCAUUCGGCCUGUUCACGUUUGCAAUCGAUGCAGCCUCGGAUCGGGACGGCCUCUUUACCAUCAGUGCUCCAAUUGGCUCUGGGGCAGAAAGAACAGCAGAGGUGCGGACGGCAAAGGCUUUGGACAGGGAGACGGUGGAGACGCAUGUGCUGACUCUCUUGGCCAUUGACCAGGGUGUGCCAGCGCUGAUGGGCACAGCAACGCUGAACCUUACUCUCGAAGACAUCAACGACACUCCCCCCACCUUUGCUCAAGAUUACCGGCCAAUGAUCAGGGAGAACUACCCUGAAAUCCAGUCUGUGGGCACGAUCAGCGCCAAGGACAGUGACCCUACAGGCGGCGCCCCGUUCACGCUGGUAGUGGAACCGAACACAGACACGGAGAGCUUCACAUGGCGAGACGUAGGAGAAAACCAGCUGAAUAUCUCCUCGAAGCCCAUCUCCUUCGACAGGGAGGUGCAGGCCUUCUACUCCAUCCCAAUCAGGAUAACAGACUUGGCGCCGAACGGCAACUCGGCCGUCAACAUCUUGGUGGUGGAGAUUGAGGACGAGAACGACAAUCCGCACGUCGGCAUCAGCAAAGACAUGCUGGUCUACAGUUUUGAAGGUGACAUCCCCGAAACCAGGAUUGGUAACAUUCCUGAGUCACCAAUCGGCGUUGUCGGUGUGAGUGACCCUGACACCAUUGAGGAUAAGACCUACACACCAAAUCUUUCGGAAACUCUCAAGCAGUACUUCCGGGUUGAUGCAGACUCUGGUGAGGUCACCAUUUUGGCCGGCACCCCAGCAGACACGUACAGUUUCACGGUGCUCGUCAGGGAUGACGGCACUUUCCCAGACCAGACGUCCACUGUCAACGUGGAAGUGCGGGACAUUCCCGAGGAGGCCGUGCGAAGCUCGGGGUCCUUCCGCUUCCAAGGGGUGACUGCCGAGGAUCUGGUCGGCUUGCCAGUGGGUGGUGGCCAGAGUAAGCUGGACGUCCUGAAAGGGAUCCUGGCUGACAUCGUCCCUGCCAAGUCCGAGAACAUUGACAUCUUCAGCGUCAUCAACGUCCCUGGAGAGACCGACCAAGUCGACGUCCGGUACUCGGCCCACGGUUCCCCGUACUACCCACCCGAGAAAUUGGACGGGGCUGCGCUGGAGAACAAGAAGAGGAUCGAGGACGAGCUGGGCUUGACCAUCGGCAUGAUCAAGAUCGACAUGUGCCUGUUGGAGUCGGCUUGCGAGUCGGCCUGCACCAAUGUGCUGGAGAUCAACCCCCAGCCCACCUUGGUCAACACGCCCACAGCCUCCUUCACCUCUGUCACCACGCGCGUGGUGGCCCAGUGCGAGUGCGGAGCCAACAUCCGCCAGCCCGGCCCCUGUGAUUUUGACGCCUGCGUCAACGGGGGAACCUGUACUAAUACGCAAGGGGGCGGACACACUUGCGAUUGCCCGACUGGGUUUGACGGCCCCGACUGCCAGCAGACCACCCGCGAGUUCAAGGGCCAGGGCUUUGCUCACUUUGGCACCCUGCAGCAGUGUGAGGAUACCCACACCUCCCUGGAGUUCAUCACCACCGUGCCCGAGGGUGUGCUGCUCUACAACGGGCCCAUGAUCCCACUGACCGGCGACAUGCCCCAGGACUUCAUCCUGAUCCAGCUGGUUGGUGGACAGCCCCAGCUGCAGAUUGACCUGGGCUCGGGCAGCCUGACCCUGUCCAUUCCGUCUGCCCGCGACCUCGGAGACGGCAAGUGGCAUCGGUUGGAUGUUUACCGGAAUGGAAAGGAUGUUGAAUUCAUGCUGGACCGUUGUAAAGAUGCCUCGGUUGCGGAAGUGUCCAGCUCCAGCACUAGACAGACAGACCAGUGCAAGCAGACAGGCCAAACCCCAGGGGGCAACAAGUUCCUGAAUGUCAACACUCCUCUGCAGCUGGGUGGAAGAGACCUAGCAGCAGCGUUCACGUACCCGUCCAACAUCAGCUUUGCUAGCAGCUACAACGGCUGCAUGAAGGACGUGGAGCAGGACAGUACCCUCUACGACCUGCAGACUCCCGGCAAGGUGUCCAACAGUGAUCCGGGCUGCUCGCGGCUGGCCUGUGGGGAGUGUAACAACGGUACCUGCGUUGGAGACUUUGAUUCCUAUGUGUGCCUGUGCAAACCAGGUUUCACGGGCACUACCUGCGACCAGGCAACCCCUGCCUAUGACUUUGCGUUGGACAGUUACGUCAGGUACCAGUUGAAGGCGCCAGUGGCAAUUGACUCGCGGGAAGGCAACUACAUGGUCGCCUUCCGCACCCGGCAGAAGGAGGGACUGCUGUGGACCAUCACCAGUGCCAACCGGUUGGAGUUCACCACCAUUGAGUUGAUCGAUGGGUACAUCCGGAGCCGCUGGAACUUGGGCGAUGGGGAGCACUCGGUGUACCUCAACCAGUACGCAGUGGAUGAUGGGUCCUGGCACUCUGUCCACCUGGAGCGUUACGACUUCUACGUGACAGUGCGCAUCGACGGCGGGGGUGGGGUGCGCCAGGCGGAGAACAGGGACAGCACCUUCAGCACACUGGAGGUGGACCCUAACAGCGUGCUGGUGGGGGCGUUUGUGGUCCGCGUGGUGGAGAUCUCGCAGGACUUUCAAGGCUGCAUGAAUGAUCCGCGGAUCAAUAAUUUCUACCUGGGCUUCAAGGAGGACUCCACGUAUGCCACCCCUCAGCCCUCUAGCACGGUGACUGAAGGCUGUCCCAGCUAUGACCCCUGUGCCAGUAACCCUUGCCCUGCGCCCUUCAUCUGCGUCGACCUGUGGAGGAAGUACGAAUGCCAGUGCAAGCCUGGCUUUUAUGAAGAAAAUGGCCAGUGCAUAAACAUUGACGCCUGCGUGCCUAACCCUUGCCUUAACGGCGGCACGUGCACGGAUCUGGACGUGGGGUACAGAUGCGACUGCACAGAGGACUACUUGGGAGAGAAUUGUGGAACGAGAAGGGAACGUGUAGCUUCGCCGCUCGGCUUCGGCAUCGGGGCCAUCCUUGCCCUGCUGCUGUGUCUGCUCAUCAUCAUCUUGUUGCUGCUGGCAUUCGUCUUCUACAAACGCGACCGGGACCGCAAGCAGGCCUUGGCCUUCGCCAUCGACCCCGAGGAUGACAUCCGGGAGAACUUCAUCAACUACGAUGAGGAGUGCGGAGAGGAAGACCAAGAUUCCUACGACGUCAGCACCUUGCGCAAGCCAGUCGUGCCGGUGCCCAUGGACGAUUACGUCAAGCCACCAACCACCGAAGCUCCGCUUAGCCGGGCACCAAGACUCCCUGGGGAUGAUCCUAAUGUUGGCGAUUUCAUCAACGACCGUCUGAAGGAUGCCAACGACGACCCCGACGCCUACCCCAACGACUCCCUCAAGGAGUAUGACUUUGAGGGUGAGGGGUCCUCGGCCGGCACCCUGAGCUCCCUCAACAGCAGCAGUACGGACGGCGACCAGAACUACGACUACCUCAACGACUGGGGGCCUCCCUUCAAGAAGCUGGCCGACAUGUACGGUGGUGGGGAGGAUGAUUAAACAAAAAAAUGGCUCGAGGACGGACUGUGGUUGACCGGUGAUGUUUGAAAUCUGGGGGCUUCCCUGCGGUGAGAAACAUAGCUUGAUCGCCGAUGGCCUUUGUGUUUCUUUUGGAAAUUGAGGAAGAGAUAAUAAAUUUAGGAUAAAACCUGGCAGUCGUUGAAAUAGAGCUUGUCGAUAUAUUUGCGAUUGCUAAAAUACAAGAUUGUUUGCAUCAGUUACGUCAGCAAAGAAUGUAGGUACUCGGUAAUUGCAGAAAGUGAUUGUAUAAAGCUGUUGAUUUUUGUACCAAAAAUUAUUUUUUUUUUUAGAUUUUAGGCAUUAAAAUGCACAUGCAGCUUUAAAUUAGACUUGUUGCUCAUUCUGUUGAAUUUUUUACAAGUAAUAAUUCCAUAUGUAAAUUUGGCAAAUUUGAUUUUGUUCGCACACAAUACUCCAAGAGUGAUCCCUGAUGACGCUUAACGUUAACCAAAAUCUAAACAAAAGUGAUUCGCGAACUUUAAUGAAAAAAAUAGUCAUUAGGUGUGUCUCUUAGAUAAAAAUAAAAAUCAAAUAACGGCUUUAAUAGUCACUUUAAAGUUCGUGUAGUUUAAUCAGUAGGGUGAGUGAACCAACCAGGAAAGAUUGAUGCAGUGGUUUUUUUUUUUAAACAUCAACAAGAUUACCAGAUCAAGCUGUUUCUUUGUACAUACGUUGGAUUGUCUUGUAGCCUGUUCAGGAGCUUCUCUGGCUAGGCUUUUCAAGGAAAUUUUUGCUGUUCAGGCAAGUGCCAAAAUUACCUUUCAGUUUGGCAAGUUUGACUGGAAAAAGUGCGGUGUUGGUACACUUUAAGAGGACCGACCUUCCUUGUCACGAGCGACUGAAUAACGGACAAUUUUCAGUUGACUGCGUGGGGUGUUCCCUUUGUACAUUAAAAAGAGUCUGGCUUUCAAAUUAAGAGAUGCGGUGUCAUGUGAGGGAGCUAAGACAGCAGAUUACGCGAUCUUAGGUGAGCGUUGAUGCAGUAGCUGGUUGAGGCACAGAUGUGUCAGCUGAUCAGUAACGAGGAGCCUUUUUUGUUUCGAGUUUUUUCCAGUUCAUUCUGUUUCUGAGUGUAAUUGCAUCGGCGAUUUUGAUGUUAAGGGCGACACGGGGGAGGGGGGAUAUUUGUAUGUUUGUUUGUAAAGAAGGAAAAAGUGCUACCAAUCUGUUAUUUUUGUAGAAUUACAAUGUGGUUUAGGUUUAAAUAAUCAUUUCAGUACUUUGUCGGAAUCACAUAUUUGCAAGUGGUGAGUACUCCAUUUUUCUUUCUUUUUAGAUCCCUGUCAUUUAUAGCGGGAGGAAAAAUGAAGUUUGUAGCACUUGCUGGCAAAAUUGUUUGAUAGUGGUGCUUGUGUCUGUAUGCCUUCACUAUAUAAAUAACCUCAAUUUUUGUCUUGUUUAUCCAGUGUUCAAUCUCAUGAGUAUGUGCCUGCAUCCUAAAAUUAGAGAACAAGGUUGUCUUUGUCAAGGUUGUCUUUGCCAUCACAGAGAAUCGUGUUUUGAGGCUUUCAUAUUUACUGGUAAUUGAAACUUGCCCUGUAAUGUUAUUUGCGCGUCUCAUUCCAGAAAAUAGUUUCUGAAUUCUGUUUAUUUGUAGUUGAGUCUUGUAAAUAUACUUUUUGGUCAGCUUAUGUCUUCUGUUUUGUUAGGUCCAUGAAAAAAUUGAACAAAAAUAUUUGAUUGUUAUUUAUUCAGAUUUCGAUGCAACUUAAGAGAAGUGCAGAUAUAGCUCCGUGAAUGGACCAAAAAAAAUUCACUCUGAAAUGCAGGUGUAGCAUGCAAUUGUGAACUCCACAAAAAGGGGUCUUGGUGUAUACUGCACAUGCUCAGUUCACCAAGAUGAUAAAGCCUGUAGUAAAAAAGUUCUUUCACAACAAGCUGUUUUUUCCACAGUGCUUUUUUGUAUACCGUGAUAGCGUUCUGUUGUAACAUGGCUCAUAUGCGUCAACAUUCAUGAAAGUUGCAGUUUCGAUUGAAAUCGAUUGCUUCUUUGCCGAAAAUUAAGUUAACACCCCUGUGCUGCACUUCUAUUAUACUUCAUAUAAUCAUUAGUAAUUGGAUGUCAAGUGUAAGCUUUCAAUGUGUAUGUAUCAUUGUAGCUCGCGAAUGCGUACUGAUGUCGAUUGAUUCAUUUUCAUUGGUUUUUUUUUUUUGGAAGACCUUGGAGUCUCCGAGUAGUUUUAUUUUCAGGUAGGUUUCUUAAACGAAAUCACUCUGCCUUUUAGAAAAUGUUUUUUAGGCUGUAAAAUUCAUGGUAUGCGGUCAACGGCGUUUGUAGUUCAAGUAAAUCUAAGUUGCAAUAUUUAAGUUAAUCUUAGUGAGCACGGAACUAAAUCUUGUUAAUUUUUUUUGCACGCGUUGUUGACAAUUAUGCAAGCAAAACUAAACGUAGAAGAGAUGUGUGUUAUGUGGAUUCAUGUACAUGUAUGUAGUAUCCUUUCUUUUUGUUGUGUUUGAAAUAUUUGUGUUUGUUCCUGGAACACGGUAGUAUUCAUAAUUAUUUUGUAGAUUUCUAUUUUACUUUUUUUUUUCAACUGAUGCUGUAUGCCCCGUCCUUCAUAUGCGAGUGAAUGAAGAACAUGAUGCUGUAUAAUAGAGAUGUUAAGAAGAUAUUGACAGUUUGAAAGCAAAUUUAAUUAGCUUGUGAGUUCAAGUACUGUUAUUUCUGAGUGUUUCAUGGUAUUAGGGAAAGCCGGUUAUUACCGACCAGACUUGUGCCUACUAUCGCGCAGUACCUAAGGUAGUUCAUUGACUAAAACAUACUAGUUCAAAGCUGUACAGUUGAAGGAUUUUAAUGAUAAGAUAUUGUUUUUACAGAGCUCCAGAGAAAUAAAAAGUGCUCGGUUUCAUAGCGUUGCUCAGCAGCGAAUUAUUGAUAUACGCCUUUGUCUGUUUCAUGGAGAUCGUCACGUGGUAACAUGCCUUCAACCCGAGAGGAAAGUUAAGUCAUCGGGGUAGCAUCUGUAGGCACAGGCACAGCUGAAACGUCCCUGCUGUUAAGCAGUACUAUGAAAUUGAGCAACUUAAAUAUGUCACUAUUUUAAUUACGGCUUAUACACCAAAUUAUGACAAUCAAGGUUUUAACAGACAAGGGUGCCUCACAAGAGGGGAUAUUUGAUAAAGCAUCCCUUAGAGUGUUUAGUCAUUUUGGCAUUGCUUUCAGUUAAAUCCAAGGUGAACAAUUUUUUUUAUGCCAAAGCGAUUGUAAUGGUUAGAAGAGAGAGCAGGCGAAAUGCAGCAUUUAGGGCUUAUGAAUUCCAGCUUUGGAUUUUUAUACUCCAAGAAAUAUACGCAAGCUGUAGUCCCAUUUUUAUCUCCACGGCGGUUUGAUUUAUUAUGGAAAUAAAAAAAUUCCAAUUGAA